CACAGGCAGGCAGGCACCACUGGGAGAUCAGAACUUCUAGCUGGCUCUCUGCUGCCACAGCUCCACCGAAGGGUGGGGGAGGAAGAGGGGGAGCCUUGCCUGGGGAAUAAGCCCACAGCUGAGAGGAGAGGCAGGUGUGUGCAGGUACAUCACCUGGAUCAUGAGGUCAUCCCUCUGCUGGAUCCUCCCACUGCUCCUCAUCUUGGCCUCAGUGGCCCAAGGCCAGAUAACAAGACGACCAAGACCUAGGCCCAGGCCCAGGCCCAGACCUAGGCCCACACCCAGCUUUGUUCUGCCCCAUGAGCCAUCAGAGCCUACAGACCUGCCCCCUCCCCUCCCACCAGGCCCUCCAUCUAUCUUUCCUGACUGCCCCCGGGAAUGCUACUGCCCCUCCGAUUUCCCGUCUGCCCUCUACUGUGACAGCCGCAACCUGCGAAAGGUCCCCAUCAUCCCUCCCCGCAUCCAUUACCUCUAUCUCCAGAACAACUUCAUAACCGAGCUCCCGGUGGAGUCCUUCCAGAACGCCACAGGUCUGCGGUGGAUCAACCUGGAUAACAACCGGAUUCGCAAGAUAGACCAGAAGGUACUGGAGAAACUACCUAGUCUGGUAUUCCUCUACAUGGAGAAGAACCAGCUUGAGGAGGUGCCGUCGGCCCUGCCGCGGAACCUGGAGCAGCUGAGGCUGAGCCAGAACCAGAUCUCCAGAAUCCCACCUGGCGUCUUCAGCAAACUGGAGAGCCUGCUGCUUCUGGAUCUCCAACACAACAAGCUGAGCGACGGCGUCUUCAAGGCCGACACCUUCCAGGGCCUCAAGAACCUCAUGCAACUCAACCUGGCCCACAACAUCCUGCGGAAGAUGCCGCCCAAGGUCCCCACGGCCAUCCACCAGCUCUACCUGGACAGCAACAGGAUCGAGACCAUCCCUAAUGGAUACUUCAAGGGCUUCCCCAACCUUGCCUUCAUUCGCCUUAACUACAACAGGCUGUCAGACAGGGGGCUCCCCAAGAACUCCUUCAACAUCUCCAAUCUGCUCGUGCUCCACCUGUCCCACAACAAGAUCAGCAGCGUGCCCGCCAUCAGCAACAAGCUGGAGCACCUGUACCUCAACAACAACAGCAUAGAGAAGAUCAAUGGGACCCAGAUUUGCCCCAACGACCUAGUUGCCUUCCAUGACUUCUCCUCAGAUCUGGAGAACGUGCCACACCUGCGCUACCUGCGGCUGGAUGGAAACCACCUGAAGCCGCCCAUCCCGUUGGACCUCAUGAUGUGCUUCCGCCUGCUGCAAUCCGUGGUCAUCUAGGCCUCACUCUGCCCUUGGAUCUCCUCUGACCGCACUUGAAUGCUGGUGGCCCACGUGCCUGUGCCCACCAUUCAGUUUCUUUAUCUUUGUUUCUUGCUCCCAGCUUUGCCUUUCUCAGCCCACCUUCCUGAGGCAAGGACUAGCCACAUACUCUGCUGCACCCGCAGCUUCUAGAGCAAGACUUCUAAGGGCUAGAUUGGGUUCACCCCGCUCACAGCCACCCACGGCACACCCAGACAUCUGGCCCCAGAAGCACAGGUGUGUGUCUAAAGACUUCAUAGCCUCCUCUCUCCUCCUUCUCCCGGUCACUGCUGGGUACACCUGGGCCAUGGACUGACAUCCGGAACUUGGUCCUGGCGAAGCAAGCAGAAGGUGGGCGGGAGGAGCCCAGAGGUGAGGUUUGGAAGGUCCUGCUGGGGACGCCGCCACGAUGGGCAGCUCUGGCCCCGAAAGGACCCUUAGCCAAGGAUCCCGCCUUCUAACCCUACCGCUCCUCUUCCCUGUUCACUGCCACCAGACAUCGUGCUAGCUUUUUACCAGCCUGCGUUCUCCCGCAAGGAGGUGCAAGGGAAUGGCUGAUGGAAGGCUAAGGGUCAGGGUUUCUGCAAGGAUCCAUAUCUGGCAGUCUCUUCACAGGGAUAGCUGGGCUCGCCUCAGCACACACCCUUCUGGCUGGGCCUCACUCUUUCCCGAGUAAGAACAGGGAGGAACAGUCAAGGAGAGUAGCUUUAAGAACCAGAUAUAGGUCAGUGGGAGGGGGGUGGGAGUCAGAGCUCUAGGGUUGGGCCUUCGUGGGUGCAGAUGGUUCCUGCAGCCCCUUGCCAGUCUAGACAAGAGACCAGGCCUCGGGCAACACAGUGUCCAUAGUGCAGGGUGCAGAGCCACUAACCCUGCCCGCCAUCUGUUCUAGAUCAGUGUGGAUGGCCCAAUCCUCUCCAAAGCCCAGAAGCACUUCAUGAGAAUGGGCUCUAGAAGAGGCGGAGCACCUGGAAAUCUCCCAGAAGCCCAUUCCACAAGUUCAAAUUGGCUUCCCCUCUUAGGCAGACACAUCAGUGACACCUGGUGGCUGGUACAGGUCACAGCUGGCUCCACUCUGGGAUGGUUUUACAAAGUCAAGGAGCUGGCCCUGGGUUCCAACUUGAAGAGCCAUGGGUGAAGCGCAUAGUCUCUCUCUCCUCUGGGAUGUAAAGGGCACAAAGGUACAGAGGCCUUGAGGCCAGGGGCUGACUUCCAUCAUAAGUGAGCACAAGUGGGAACCUUCAGAAACCCAGGUGAGGAUACAGUUUGUUCCUGUUUGCUGUCUGACCUGGCCAGUCCCUUCUGCCCUCAGUCCCCAAAUCUGUAUGCCAAGGGGGUGGAUAAGAUGUCCCUCUGAGGCCUCUCUGGCAUUCAUGUUCUAGUCUGCAGCUCCACUCUUUAAACCAUGCUCUAAUCAUCUAAUAUUAUCCCUUCCUUUCCCUUGCAGUAAUUUAUUCCCUACUUGGACUGCCCCUUCCCUCAAAGUACUCCACCCUCCCUGCCAGGGCCAGAUGAGCAGAGCCUUGGGCCCCACAGGACUCGCUCCCAUCCCCUUCCCCCCUCUAUAGGGAAUGCUGCCCCUCUACAGCUCCCUAGUGUAUAUGUUGGUGGGUGGGUGAAUGUUCUAGAAAUAAGUAAGACACAGUGCCCACCUUCUAGGUUGAGAAAAAUUCCAGAGAUUUUUAAGAAACUGGAUUCAGCUAGGCCCUUAACUUCAAGAAAUCCCCAUUACACUCUAUCUCAUCUUUCUCUUCUGCUAAUUUACAGAAAACGGGGCCCAGUUCACCCUAGCGUCCUCCCACCACGCUCCCCAGCCCGGCUGUGCUCCCAUAUAACUGCCUCGUUCUUCCUAGCUGCAGCUGGUUUCUCCAAGGCUCCUGCUUAAAGUCAACCUAUUACUGUGGCUAUAAGCAACCUGGUGCUAAGGCCUGGAUAAGCCCCCCUUCUGCACCUUACUCACACCUCGCAACCUCGGCCCCUCAGAUGAGGCCCUCCGGGGGAGCACGCUCCUGUGGUUCCCCUGAGGCAGGGGUCAUUUCUGCUCCUGAUACCUAAACUGUUUCAUUUCAGCAGCAAAACAAUCAGCAUCACGCCAUCGCCAUCAGCCCAUCUAGUCUGCUUCCCCCACUGCUCCCUGUGGCUGUAAGCCAGAGGGGAUCGAGUUAAACUGGCUUCACAGCAACACCCCCAACUCUGUGCUGAUUGCCCUAGGAUUUCAGGAAGCCCCUCCUCCAUAUACGAGUUCAUCCUUUCAGUGCCAUUGUCAUCUACACGUCCAGGUGUGUAAGUAGGUGUGUAGGUUACUCUACAUAUAUCUGUUCUUUCUUCAAAACCAUGUUAACUUUGUGAAACAACUUCUACAUUCCAACGCGCUUCACAGCAGAGGAAAUAAAGUAAUAUGAAAAAUA